GUCGCGAUUUGCUUGAUUAGAUUAGGGAAGGUCUUCGUAUAUUUCUUUCACUUUUGGGUUAUCCUUAGUGUAUUUUCAACACUUUAUAACUGUUCUUAAAUACACAUUUUACAUUAUAAUGUGUCAAUAAUGACGCUAAUUUAUCACAAACAUAUUGUGAAAGAACUUAAUAAGAAACUGUACAUAACCCUUUGACAAUGAGAUGCCCCAUUUCUGAAACCAAAUAUAUCCUUUUUAUCGAGAAAAAGACUGUACAGGAACACGAUUAAAUAAGUAUUAGCAUUGAGUGGUUUAGUGUCUUGACCAAUAUGGGACUAUUAUUUGCAAAAUUGUGGAGUCUUUUUGGCAAUGAAGAACAUAAAAUAGUUAUGGUAGGAUUAGAUAAUGCUGGUAAAACAACUAUAUUAUACCAGUUCCUAAUGAAUGAAGUUGUUCAUACAUCACCAACAAUUGGAUCUAAUGUUGAAGAAGUUGUUUGGAAAAAUAUUCAUUUCAUAAUGUGGGAUUUGGGUGGACAGCAAAGCCUGAGAGCUGCAUGGUCCACAUACUAUACUAACACCGAAUUUAUCAUUAUGGUUAUAGAUAGUACAGAUAGAGAAAGACUUGGUGUAAUAAGAGAAGAGCUAUACUCAAUGCUAAAUCAUGAAGAAUUAAGUAAAGCCAAUGUCUUAGUUUAUGCUAAUAAGCAAGAUUUAAAAGAUAGCAUGACAGCUGCUGAAAUUUCUAGACAAUUAGAUUUAACUUCUAUUAAGAAACAUCAGUGGCACAUACAAAGCUGUUGUGCUCUUACAGGAGAGGGGCUUUAUCAAGGUCUUGAAUGGAUUGUUGGACGCUUAAAAAAGACAUGACGUACAUUAUGAGGAUGGAUUUUGAAUGUAAUAAGAUAUCUAAACUGUAAAGUAUAUGUUCAGUGUAAGUUACUGUGCCACUCUAACAAUUGUACAAAUGAUAUAAGAAUGAGUGAUCAUUUCUCAAAUGGUACACUAGCUUCAUACAUAACUUAAAAUGUAACUGCAUAUACUGAUUAAAAUUAUCAUUGCAGACAAUGUAUCAAGUGGUGGACGGGUAAAUUUUAUCUUAUCUAUUAAUGUGAUAUAAAAUAUA